CCGAAUCGGUGGCUGGAUGUUUGCGGUAUUGAUAGGGAUGGAAGUGAUGGGCGGCCAAGAUGGCGGGGUAAGGCGGACGAGACGGGUGAAGAUGGUGAUGACACCGCCGACGGUGCUGAAAGCGGGAGAGGCGCCCAGAGGAUCGACGUAGGCCGUCGCACGGGUGGGAUCCCGUAUCGGUUUCCCGAGGACCAUCGACAAGCUCCGGCCAAGUGCUAUUGGAUCAAGCAGACGAACGAGCGACAUGGGGCCUGGGCAAUUGGGCGACCAUCAGAGCGGAUGGGACGGAAAAAAGAUGAAGACUCCGACAACGGGGCCGAUGAUAUGGGCAUUGGCUCUCGGGCUGAGCUGCGUCCGAAAUUCCAGGCGCGAUACGGAUAUUAG